UGCUGAUCAAAUCAAAAAAAGAUUUUAACUGCAUCGGAAAGAAGAUGUAAAGAACGCUGGUAUUCUACAAUCAUUCAAACCGCGGAUAAUUGCACAAUGCAGAUAAAUGACUCUCGUCCGUAAGGAUGGAUGUAAGGGUAGUGACGUCUUUUCUUGUUGUAAAGAACGGCGAUUAGGGCCCGUCCUGAAUGAGAUAUAUAAACCACACAUCCACCUUCAACUCAUCUGUUCAUCAUACCACCUUACUCAACCUGUAGCCCAUCAUGCCAAGCUUCAACGAAACGUUCUUCGGUUUGGUGUUCCAUAAACAGUUGGCAAAAUGGCCAACGUUCCAAUAUCCUGAGGAAAAGGCAGAUUUCAAAGCACCAGAGAGAUUUAUGCCCGGCUAUAAAACAAGACUUCAACAACAACAGCAACAGGGUACAACUUCUCCCGGUGGAUCAAGUUCAAAUAGCUCAACAAAUGCAUCACCUAACGAAAAAUCAAAUGAUGAAAUCGAGAAAACACCAGAAAUGGGAGAUGACAAUGAUCCAUACUUGGUUGAUUGGAACGGAGAAAAUGAUCCUGACAACCCAUUCGCAUGGUCAGGUCCACAAAAAGGAUGGUUCUUGUUCCAAAUCAUGUUGCUUACCACGAGUGUAUACAUGGGAUCUUCCAUCGUUUCGCCCGCUAUACCACUCAUGGCAGAAUACUGGCACAUCGGUAUGACUCCUGCAGCUCUUGCAUUGAGUCUAUUCGUUUUCGGUUACGGUAUCGGACCAAUGAUCGGUCUUUGUGCAGCUUCAGAAAUUCCUGCGAUCGGUCGAGUGAUUCCGUAUAUCUUAACAUUGUUCAUUUUUGUUAUUCUUCAAAUUCCAACUGCUUUGGUUAAUAAUGUAGCAGGAUUUAUGAUUUUACGUUUCCUUGCUGGCUUAUUCGGUUCACCUCCUUUGGCAACCGGUGGUGCAAGUGUUCAAGACGUUUGGACGCCAAUGAAUGCUCCUUUAGCAAUGGGUGCUUGGGGUAUCUCAGCUUCUGCAGGUCCUGUUUUGGGUCCUUUGAUCGGUGGUUUUGCAGCCCAAGGCUUCGAGAAAACAUCUUUGGGUUUAGGAGCAUGGAGAUGGACAAUUUGGCCACUACUCAUUUUGACCGGAAUCGCACUUGGUGUUUUGACGUUUGGAAUGCAUGAAACUUCUGGAACAAACAUCUUGGCACGCAGAGCUGCUAGACUACGUAAAGCGACUGGCAACCCACAUUUACGCAGUAAGGGAGAAUUAUUCCAAGCAACAAUGACUGGCCGUGAAAUUGCUCUGAUGACGUUCGUUCGUCCUUUCCGCUUGGGUUUAAUGGAACCGAUCGCACUCUCUAUCAAUUUGCACAUCGGUCUCGUUUACGGAGUACUUUACUCAUUCUUUGAAGCAUUCCCAAUCGUGUUCACUGAGACAUACGGUUUCAAUCUUGGAGAAUCUGGACUUGCUUAUUUGGGAAUCUUUGUUGCCAAUUUGGCCGUUUAUGGUCUUUUCGCUUUAUGGUUCUUGAAGUACUUCCGACCCAAGAUGAUCCGUGAGAAAGGCCGUGUAGCUCCAGAAUACUGGCUUCAACCAGCCAUGGUUGGUGGUCUUUGCUUACCGGCAUCUCUGUUCUUCUUCGGAUGGACUGCAAACAAGUCUAUUCAUUGGAUCGUACCCAUCAUCGGUACAAUGCUCUUCUCGCCCGGUAUCUUUGGUCUUUUCACUUCUGGUUUGAAUUACCUUGGUAUGACUUAUCCCGAAUACGUCGCAAGUGUUUUCUCAGCAAACGAUUUCAUGCGUGCAAGUAUUGGUGCUGCAAUGCCUUUGGUCAGUAGACAAAUGUUUAACAACUUGAAUAGAGGACCAAAGAAUUUCCCUGUCGCUUGGGGUUGUACUUUGCUUGGCUCAAUCGCUUUGUUGAUGAGUGUUAUUCCUUAUGCUCUAUUCUACUUUGGUCCAGCUCUUCGUCGCGCUUCUUCCUAUGCCAAAGAUCCCAUGCAAGGUGGCGAUCAACCUGCCAAAGAGAACAAAGAAGAUGUUGAAGCUGCACAAUAAUAAUGUACCUAUAUACUGAUGAAAAGUUGUAAAUAUAUCAUAGAUUCAUAGUGUACAUAUAUACUGAUGAAAAGUUGCAAAUAUAUCAUAGAUUCCUC